AUGCUUAAAGAGAAUUGUCUGACUGAGUAAAGAAGUGUGUCUGUUUGCCUAUUGGCAAUAUUUCAUUCAAAAUGUGUGCAGGGACUUCAGUAGAAAUGGCUGAACUACUGAAGCUCUGCAGUGCUCAGAAGCAUGCAGUCCAUUAAAGCUUGCUGGCUGAUUGCGGGGCUGCUCUUUGGGGACCUCCAGCAAAAUGAUGUAACUGAAUGAAAAGAGUUCUGUUGAAAUAGAUGUCUCCUCUUUCCCACCCGCCUGUGUUCUGGUGAUGUGGGCAGGAACCCUCUGCGUCUGCUGUGGGGUUGUGUUGCCGUGUGUGAAAAGACCCUUUUUGCACCAGCUCAGGGAAGAGACAGAGGCCUUCCUUGGCUGUGUUUGCUUUUCCUUGGCUACUGCUGCAGAGAAAACAAGCAGAGGGGCUGAACUCGUUUCAGGUUUCAGUUCUAUUGAAGUGCUUGACUGGGCCUGAUCAGAAGCCAGGAAUGGCCAGCAAAGGCCCGGCAGCUUCUGCUUCCCCAGAGGGCUCCAAUGCUGGCGGGACCAGCGGCAGCAGCAGCAAUGGGGACAGUGCGGGUCAGGAUAGCACCUUUGAGUGCAACAUCUGUCUGGACACUGCCAAGGAUGCUGUGAUCAGCCUAUGUGGGCACCUCUUCUGUUGGCCUUGUUUACACCAGUGGCUGGAGACCAGGCCAAAUAGGCAGGUGUGUCCAGUAUGUAAAGCAGGAAUCAGUCGUGAUAAAGUUAUCCCACUUUAUGGGAGGGGCAGCACGGGACAGCAGGACCCCAGAGAGAAAACGCCUCCACGACCUCAGGGCCAGAGACCUGAGCCAGAAAAUAGAGGGGGCUUCCAGGGUUUUGGGUUUGGCGACGGAGGCUUUCAAAUGUCCUUUGGAAUUGGGGCAUUUCCCUUUGGCAUUUUUGCGACAGCGUUCAACAUAAAUGACGGCCGCCCUCCCCCAGCUGUUCCAGGGACACCCCAGUAUGUGGACGAGCAAUUUCUGUCCCGCCUCUUCCUGUUCGUGGCCCUUGUGAUCAUGUUCUGGCUCUUAAUUGCUUAGCUUUGCUCCGUACCCUAUAUUGUACCACGGUUUGUGGGGCUCUGGACAAGUCACGGACUGCUUCCUCUCCCUGUCCCAUUGUAAGCCUCUUGGUGUCUGAUUCGAUAGCUAAUGGUGGGCUCCCAGAAAGCGUGAGAAAGAAUCUUGCUUAUUUCGCCAGAGAUAACAGAAUUAAAAGUCUCUUUAAAAGCCUCCUGCCGUUCAGCUAUGUCUCACGCAGCAGAGAUCUGGCUGCCCCUGGGAACCCAGCUUUGAGCUCCGCACUGCAAGAGAGGGAGCCUUGUUUGAAACCUUGUGCCAAGCGACAGAACAGGGGCUGGCCCUGGAGGGAGAGUGUGCGGUGGCCAGGGCUGGAAGCUCUUGCCAUACAUCCCAGUGUCUUGCAUCCCAACACCAGUGAAAGGAAGGGGGAUCCAGAGUCCAGUUGCACGUAUUGAUCAAAAUCCAACUUGCUCCGGGAAAACUUUUCUUAUACAAACAGGACUUGUGCAGAACAUCUGGCUGAAGAUGGUGUCACUUGAGGGCUGUUCUGUUUCUGCUCUUAUCCACCUUUGCUAGUGACUUUAAAAGUGAAAGGAUGAGAGACCCUUUGACCUGAAAAAGUACAAUACUUAAAAUUACUGGGACCAGACGACGUGAGUUUUCUCAUCUCGGGGCUAGGGUUAGGGCUGUUGGGCGUGAGAGGGGCCCUGCCUGUGGCUGCCACACAGCAUUCUUCCUCACCGAUAAAAGCAGUGUUUUCCGAACGUUUGUGUCGUAGCUUUCAGCUUUUACUUUGGAUAGAUGCAAUUGUGUGAUCCAUAACCAAACAUGUCUUUCCAUAUCUUUGGAUAGCUUGAUUGGGAAGAGGGCAGGGCAACCUCUUCUGGAGUAUCUCUUGAGUAUUUUGCAACAGCCCCCCCCGGCCUAUGAUUACAAUUUUUACAUAGUGAAUUUUUUUGGUAGGGCAUAGAUGACUUCUGCUAAAGCAGAGUUUGUUCCUGAGCUCCAAGCCAAGUGGCCAUUAAUGUGUGAACUUUUUAAAAUUACCAAAGAUACUGCUUUGAAGACAAGAAUUUGGGCACAAUUCAGCAGGACAUUGUCCCACACAAGACCCAUUGAAAUGAAUGGGUGCUCUGCUUCUGAUGGCUUCAGUGGGACCCCUGCAGAAGAGCAGCCCGCUGGGCUUAUGCCUGAAGGUGCGAGGCUUGGGGAACAGCGCACGGCGCACAAUUCCCUUUCCAUGCGUGGGGGGGGGGAGCAAGAGGAGGAAUCGCUUUAAACUGUGUUGCUGCUGAAUCUUCUGGAUCCACAGGACCUAAAAUACAAGGAUUCCUCACUUUGACUUCCUUGUAAAUAGAAGGAUGUCUCCCAAACACGUCUGGUCUUUUAUUUUGCAGUGGUUUUGAUCUUCCCCACCAGUUGCUAACAAACAGGCUGGCUUGCUGAAAAAAAUCAUGGCAGCGAUAUUGAACAUUGUUGAAGGGGGGUUAUUUUUCCUCAGGCCUGAUGCCAGGCCUGGGAAUGAGGAGCUUGGAAAUACCCGAAUGAUGUGAUAGUCCAAGUCAAUGCCACAAGAGUAAAUAAGGUGAAUGGAAAAGUGGAAAAGUCUGACUUGGUUCUUCCAAGCAUCAACACAACCAAGUCCAGUGUUUUGUGUGUUUUGUGAUGUGCAAUCAGCUUGAACGGCCCUUGAAAGCGCAGUGGCACUGUGAGGGGGUCACCCUUUUAUGCUACAUUCUUCUGUAAUGGUUUUCCAAAAGCUUCCAGGGCCCAUCAGCAAGCUCAGUCCUUCCCAGCUUGGAAGACAACUCCCCAAAUACCCCAGCCAGGUUGAGGAAGGCUGAACAAGGUAAAAGUCUAUAAUAGGUGGCCUCCAGGAUCCUAGGUCGCUUGGAUUGGGGGAAACGGCACCACCUGCUGUUGGCAAGGGAAGAUUAAGUUGCAUCUGUUCAUGGGCAAAGGAUUUCUUGAGCUGUAUUUCUCCCCACUGUUCCUUGAGAUGAAGUACCGUGGAACUGAAGCUGUAUUUUGGAAAGCAAACUUCUCAAAGGGUUCAAUAAAAGCCUUUAUUACCAUGCAGACAUACAAUAAAAACUUUGACAAUUGGGAAAGAGAUUUGUGACGUUUGAUUGCCAUGGAUUUAAAUGAUAUUAAAGCAGAUUAGUUUGGGUGUCUUUAAAAGUGGGAUCUUGUACUUGGCCAGCUGCUGUCUUACUGGGGAUUUUAGAAGAAAGGGACAAAGAACCCGGUCUGACUGUUAAGGAGCUGUGCUGGCCCCAGUCCUACUGAUGGAAGCAUGGCUUGGGUUGCUGGUAUUCUUAACUAGGAAGAUCAGACUGUGGCGUCUCCGUAUUUCACGGAAACAGCAAAGUCAUGUGGCAGCUUAAAGACUAGCAGAUGUAUUGCAGUGGCAGCUUUUCUGGGCUGUCAAGCUCUCUGUUGAGAUAGACAUACUGAACUUAUCUCCAACUGUGGCAAAAGCUUCUCUAGGCUAAUUUGCCUAUAAGAUGCCACCACAAGACUCCCGGCUUUUUUUGUUGCAACAGGCUAACACAGCUGUGGCCCCCUGGAAUUUCAUAUCUUACUGGUGGAUAUGAAACUGCCUCUGGAUUUCUCCUUUGUCUCAGCCUCCCCCCCCCCCCCCCGCACUGCUUUUUGUACUGUAUUCUCCCCCCCCCCCAAAUCAUGUGUUCAGAUUGCACUUGGCCUGUGAUUAGCAAAAGAUGGCACCACCAUGCAACACCAUUGUUCACUAAUUUUCACUGUUGUGAAAGUGAUUUAGAAUAAACACGUUUUUACAUUGCA